UGAUGGUUUUGCUGGUCUCCCCAGGAAUCCCAUGGUGACAGGCACCUCGGUGCUGGGAGUGAAGUUUGAUGGCGGUGUGAUCAUCGCUGCAGACAUGCUGGGCUCCUAUGGCUCUCUGGCCCGGUUUCGUAACAUUUCCAGGAUCAUGAAAGUGAACGAUAACACUGUGCUUGGCGCGUCUGGGGACUACGCUGAUUUCCAGUACCUCAAGCAGGUCAUUGACCAGAUGGUAAUCGAUGAGGAGCUGUUGGGAGAUGGUCACAGUUACAGUCCAAAGGCCAUUCACUCCUGGCUGACCCGAGCCAUGUACAGCCGGAGAUCCAAGAUGAAUCCGCUCUGGAAUACUGUCGUUAUUGGAGGCUUUUACAAUGGGGAGAGUUUUCUAGGGUACGUUGACAUGUUGGGUGUUGCCUACGAAGACCCUACACUCGCUACUGGCUAUGGAGCGUAUCUAGCUCAGCCAUUAAUGAGAGAAGUCUUAGAGAAGAAACCCAUCCUGACGAAGGAUGAGGCCCGGGACCUGAUUGAGCGCUGCAUGAAAAUCCUGUAUUACAGAGAUGCCCGAUCAUUUAACAGAUACGAACUUGCCAUCGUGACCGAGAAAGGAGUUGAAGUGGAAGGACCUCUGUCUGUAGAAACCAACUGGGACAUAGCACAUCUUAUCCGGUAA